AUGUUACAUCCGUGUCACUCUUCAUGUUUCCAGGACAAGAACAACAAUCAACAAUACGAGCGAAGCACCAAGUCUCUGUUCUUCCCGAGCAAUGCCGAGCUCCUGAGCAGCCUGGAGUCCGCAUCUGUUCGGAUCUUCAAACCUCCGACCUUCCCCAGCGCCGCCCUUCGUUUCCAACCGUGCAGCCCCCAGCAGACCAGCACCCCCCCGGGCUCCGACCACACCCCCCCUCAUCUGGACAGUCCCCGCAUGGCGACCAUCCAGGAGGACCCCAGCUGCGACUCCCACCUGGACCAGGACGCCCUGGAGGCGUUCGGGCGCUCGGCGCAGCGCUCGUUCGAGGACCUGACAGAGAAGAGCGAGAUGAGUCGCAGUGCGAAGAUGCUGCUGUUCAGACUGCAGAGACAACAUCAGAUCGACACCAAGGAGACGCAGUGCUGAACUUCCUGUCCCACGUCUCACAGCUUUGUGUCUCACAGCUUUGUGUCUCACAUCUGAUCACAGGUUUGAUGUAAGAGCUUAUUUUAAACGUCUUAACUAAGAAAAAACCUCCGUUUUCAAAUCGAUGCCUCGUCGUCUCUCGGCUGGAAUGUCCACCUCAGGAUCGUCUUCUUAUCACAACGUAAACUUUGACUGUGUCUCAGAGACAAAGCUUCAGCUACAUGUGACUCAGCGACACUUUGAGUUGUUCAGUGAUGACGUCAAACGUCCCUGGUUCUCUCAGAACGACCUGUAAAAACUUCUCAGCGCCAAAUUUAGAUGUUGCACUAAAUCUCAGGUAUCGGUUCAGCUGACGUCCGAAAAUUCCUGUAAAAAGGAAACUGAUCUUUAAAAUACCAAAUAUUAAACCUUCACGUAUUAAAAGUUAUUUCUAACAGAUUUGGUGACUUCAUCUUCUCAACAUGAUUAUUCUGCUGCUCGUCGUCGUCUCAGCGUUAAAGUUCAAGUGGAAAAUGUUGGACGAGUGAAGACGUUUGUUACUGAUUCAUUAUCGAAAACGUUGAUAAAAUAUUCAGGAGUGGAACUGAUUGUGAAAAUCCUCAGUUUCAGCUCUGAGAGGUCAAAGUGCAUCAGUGACUGAUUUCAGUGUUUUUAACGUGGCUGAAACAGGUUCAUCAGUAAAUCACCUGUUUUGAGUUUAUGUGAAAAAAGAAACUUGGACCACGUUUCGUUACAUUUGUUUGAAUCUUAAAUAUUUUGUGUUUGACUUAUUUGUGUUGUUGUCACGUCUCUUGUUAAACUGAUUUUUUUCUUGUUUCCGUUUUGAGCGUCUCUCUGGGAGUUGAACGCCGACAGUGUUAGUGCCUUGCUCAACCUACUCUACUACAGAAGACUCGAGGUAAAUGGAUAGAGAUACAGAUAUAGAAUUAACUCAGACGGUGGAUCAUUGAUUCAUCAGCAGUUAUUUUUCUCAUCACUA